GCAUAAGCUCAUAUAGUGAAAUCUCACUAGUGAUCAGAUAAGUUAAAGAUUUUAACACCAGCAAGAAGCUAACAUACAUCUUUCAAUCAGAUAAUUUGGAUAAAUGGGCCAAAGUUCCUUUUAAUUCCAAAGGUUAUAUUGGAUACCUGAGUUGUCAGUAAUAAAAAGUAGGCUUUAGCUUAGUCAAAAUCUUCACUGUUUGGGAGGAGACAUAACAGGACAAGUAGUUCCCGACACACAUCAGUGACAGGGGAUACAGGGCUCCUUUGCCCACUAUGAAAGUGUUUCCGUGUGUGCCAUCCCUGCAGUGAAACACCAUGGCACCUACCGAAGAGACAAAACAAGCCAAAGUGCGUCAGAGAAAGAAAAAUCUCAAGACAGACCAAGACCAAAAUGAUGGUGUAUCUGAUUCCAUAGAAGAUCUAAUUGAAUGGAAGAGACAUAUAGAGGUGGUGAAGGCAGAACUUGUGAAGGAUGUGACCUGCCAUCUGACAAAGCUCCUUGAUAAAGCUGUAACAGAAGCUGUACAAUCAUACAAGAAAGAUAAAAAUACAGAUACCUCUGGAGUAGAUCACAGAACCCAUGGGGCAGUAUCUGAAAGGAAGAAAGUGUUUCUCCAUCGUGCGUCAUUGCUCGAUGAUCUUAUGGAGGUGGAGCAUUUCCGAACUAUCUACCAUAUGUUUGUGGCUGCGCUCUGCGUUUUCUUCAUUAGCACAGCAGCUGUGGAUAUCAUUGACAAGGGAACGUUGGUUAUGGAGUUUGAUCUUCUGUAUUAUACGUUUGGACAAUUUGGCACUGUGGCAUGGUCAUGGAUCUGUCUGUUUACAUACACUCUCAUCGUGCCCUACAAGGUUUUAACUUACUGGGGAUCUCUGUAUCCAAAAUCCAACCACAAAAUCCUGCUGACUGCCUUUUUUGGCACAUUCCUGCUUGUGAGCCAGACGUGUGUACUUUAUGUAUUCCCCGUCUAUGUGGUAAAACAUUACCAAUUGCCUCCGGCUUCAAGUUUCAUUGUCAUCCUGGAACAGAUCCGCCUCAUUAUGAAGAGUUACUCCUUUCUUAGAGAGACAGUGCCGAGCAUCCUGCAGACAAAAAAAAAUGAAGUGCAGCUGCCGCAGCUUUCCAGUUAUCUGUAUUUUCUCUUCUGCCCAACUCUGAUUUACAGAGACCACUAUCCCAGAACUCCAUACAUCAGGUGGAAAUAUGUGGCUAAGAAUUUUGCCCAGUUCCUGGGCUGUGUGUUUUUCAUAUACUUUGUCCUGGUCACUCUAUGCAUACCAGUAUUCAAAAACAUGAGCAAACAGCCGCUGAAUACGAAGACUUUGGUACUUUCCAUCUUCCAUGCUACAUUGCCGGGUACCUUUGUGUUGCUGCUCACAUUCUUUGCCUUCUUGCACUGUUGGCUGAAUGCCUUUGCUGAGAUGCUCCGCUUUGCAGAUCGCAUGUUUUACAAGGACUGGUGGAAUUCCACCUCCUUCUCUAACUAUUACCGUACAUGGAAUGUGGUCGUUCAUGACUGGUUGUAUAAUUAUGUGUACCAGGAUCUGCUUUGGGUGUUCAACCAGCGGUGUCGUGCCGGAGUGAUGCUGGCUGUAUUCCUCAUCUCAGCCUCUGUACAUGAAUAUGUCUUUACAGUGUCUCUUGGCUACUUUUACCCGGUCAUGUUCUGCCUCUUUGCUAUAUUUGGAGUUUUAUUUAAUUUCACCAUGGAUGAUAAAUGGACCAACCCAGUGUGGAAUGUGAUAGUAUGGACCUUCCUGUUCAUUGGCCAGGGUAUCCAGCUGUGCUUGUACUGUCAGGAGUGGUACGCACAGAUCCACUGCCCAGUCACUGAGAAAACGUUUUGGGCACUGAUGACCCCUCGAUCAUGGUCCUGCCGCUUGUGAUUGAUAAUCCACGGACAUCAUGAAACUGAACUAAUGUAUAAUGUGCCACCCGAUGACUGCCAGUAGAUAGAAAAGGCCACCGGAGCUUCCUAAUUUAAGACCUUGUCCUGCGAUUUACAGAUUUGAGAGCCCAAAAUUAUGAUGAAUAAAUAUGUAUAUACUGUAAAUAAAAUACCAGAUGACAAAUUAGUGCAAGUAAACUAACAUCAUGUGUUCAUGCACUAGCUCGCUACUAAAUGAUGUUCAGAACUCUGAACAUCUGGAAUUUGGUGAUUGGUAUUUUACACGAUACCAAGAUAUAUGGAAAUAUUUUAGUGAAUUAGUGAAGAAGUUGCCCAUAGCAACCAAUCAGCGUUUAAGGACAAUUUAUAAUUUGCAUACUAUAAAAUUAUACAGAGCAGCUGAUUGGUUGCCAUGGGCAACUUCUCCACUGCUUCACUUCUCCAUUCUUUUCACUGCGUCAUGAAUAGACCCCUAAGUCUUUUGCUACAUUGCAAUGGAACUAUACUCAUCUUUACUUGCUCAGCCAUAAAAUGUUGUGAUGUAGAAAGGAUGUUUUACUGAUUGUGUACAUGUCACCUAUACAAAAUGGAGACGGCUAUGUCUUGUGAUAAACGACUUUUACUGAGAA